GCCCGCCCGGAGCCUCGGCGCCCGCCCGCCGCCAUGGAGGGCCAGAGCAUCAAGCCAAGCUCCCAGCCACCAGCGCAGGCCCAGGACGACGAGAAGAACCAGAGAACCGUCACUGUCAACCCUGCCCACAUGGGGAAGGCCUUCAAGGCUAUGAACGAACUGCGGAGCAAGCAGCUGUUGUGUGACGUGAUGAUCGUGGCAGAAGACGUGGAGAUCGAAGCUCACCGGGUGGUCCUGGCGGCCUGCAGCCCCUACUUCUGUGCCAUGUUCACAGGCGACAUGUCUGAGAGUAAAGCCAAGAAGGUGGAAAUCAAGGAUGUGGAUGGGCAGACGCUCAGCAAGCUGAUCGACUACAUCUACACCGCGGAAAUCGAAGUGACGGAGGACAACGUGCAGGUGCUGCUCCCGGCGGCCAGCCUGCUGCAGCUCAUGGACGUGCGGCAGAACUGCUGUGACUUCCUGCAGUCUCAGCUGCAUCCCACCAACUGCCUGGGCAUCCGCGCCUUUGCUGACGUGCACACCUGCACCGACCUUCUGCAGCAGGCGAACGCCUAUGCAGAGCAGCACUUCCCAGAGGUGAUGCUGGGGGAAGAGUUUCUUAGCCUAACUCUGGACCAGGUGUGCAGCUUGAUCUCCAGCGACAAGCUGACUGUCUCCUCAGAAGAGAAGGUGUUCGAAGCCGUCAUUUCUUGGAUCAACUAUGAGAAGGAGACCCGCCUGGAACACAUGGCCAAGCUCAUGGAACAUGUCCGACUCCCUCUCUUGCCUAGAGAUUACCUCGUUCAGACGGUGGAGGAAGAAGCUUUGAUAAAGAACAACAGCACCUGUAAGGACUUCCUCAUCGAGGCCAUGAAAUACCACCUGCUCCCCCUGGACCAGAGGCUGCUGAUUAGGAACCCCAGGACCAAGCCCCGGACUCCCGUCAGCCUGCCCAAGGUCAUGAUCGUGGUUGGCGGCCAGGCGCCCAAAGCGAUCCGCAGCGUGGAGUGCUAUGACUUCGAGGAGGACCGGUGGGAUCAGAUCGCCGAACUCCCAUCCAGGAGAUGCCGAGCAGGUGUGGUGUUCAUGGCCGGCCACGUGUACGCCGUGGGGGGGUUCAAUGGCUCGCUGAGGGUGCGGACGGUGGACGUGUACGACGGCGGGAAGGACCAGUGGACGUCCAUCGCCAGCAUGCAGGAGCGCCGCAGCACGCUGGGGGCCGCUGUGCUCAAUGACCUGCUCUACGCCGUGGGGGGCUUCGACGGCAGCACGGGCCUGGCGUCCGUGGAAGCCUACAGCUACAAGACCAACGAGUGGUUCUUCGUGGCCCCGAUGAACACGCGGCGGAGCAGCGUGGGCGUGGGCGUUGUGGAGGGGAAGCUGUACGCCGUCGGGGGCUAUGACGGCGCCUCACGCCAGUGCCUCAGCACCGUGGAGCAGUACAACCCGGCCACCAACGAAUGGACCUACGUGGCCGACAUGAGCACCCGCCGCAGCGGGGCAGGGGUCGGAGUGCUCAGCGGACAGCUGUAUGCCACCGGCGGGCACGACGGGCCGUUGGUGAGGAAGAGCGUCGAGGUGUACGACCCGGGGACCAACACCUGGAAGCAGGUGGCCGACAUGAACAUGUGUCGACGUAACGCAGGGGUGUGCGCAGUGAACGGGCUCCUGUACGUGGUCGGAGGGGACGACGGCUCCUGCAACCUGGCCUCGGUGGAGUACUACAACCCGGUCACCGACAAGUGGACGCUGCUGCCCACCAAUAUGAGCACGGGGCGGAGCUACGCAGGUGUCGCUGUAAUUCACAAGACCUUGUGACCCAAACUUCUGCCAGAGAUGGAGGAGAGAGAGAAAGAGAGACACUUGGAGCAGAGGACCAGAGCCGGAAGUGACUCGCCGGGGUGCCAAUGCGGUACCAGAGCACUGUCCUCCACAGCGUGGAUUCUAAUGACCCGGCUCCUGCUCCAAACGAGGUGCUUCGGUCUCUGUCCUGAGCAGAUUCCUACAGGUUAUAGGAAUCGUCUUUAAUCUAUAGGUUAUAGAUUCCUGAAUACCCCAGCAGCACCUUUGGACUUUUUAAUGGCAUUUCUACAGGGGUGGGGGAGGGGGGGGAAGAAGACCCGUGUGUGUGUGUGUGUGUGUGUGUGUGUGAGAGAGAGAGAGAGAGAGAGAGAGAGAGAGAGAGAGAGAGAAACGUGUGCGAGUCCACUGGAUUUCUUUACUACUGAUGCUUUCGCCAUGCUACAAAUCAAAUCUCAGUGACCUCACCUCAGGGCGGUCCCGUGGGACUGUAGACUACUGAUGCUUUGUCUUCCGGAAGUCUGGUUGGCCAGGCCGGGGAAUGUCCCAAAAAAUAUAACCGGCCAGGCAGGCAGCUGUGACCAGGCCUGACACGUGACUUGACCCCCGUGGCCCUGCACGAGAGCGGAGCUUCUUCCUCACGCCUGCGCCGUGUCCAGCACACGCCACGUGCCACCCCGUCGGCAGUCUUCCUGGGCUGUCCUCUAGGAAGCAGAUGAGUCAUGGCCUCUCUCUCUCUGGUUGCCGACGUCAUGGAUUCUUCCAUGUGAAGAUCUUGUGUGUCUUCAGCAGGGAAAAGGAACUCUUCGGAGAAGCCCCAGAGCAACACACUGGAGGAAAAAUAAAAAUCUAUACAAGAAAAGGAAAAGAAAUACAAGGAGUGGUGUGGAUGAGGAGUCGGCCCUUACCCACAACGCGCUGGGUUUUCCCAGGCUGGGACAGCCAGGCGAGGCUCCUCAGGCCUGAGGAUUGGUCGUAUGGAGAUGAAUAAGUGAAAGGUGCUCUUGAGCUGUAUGAGGCGACGUGCCAGCUGGGGACGGCCCCUGCCACUUUGGAACGAUGCUCCAGUUCCUCUGAUCUUGUUGUCUUCCUUUUUAUGUGAUAUCUUCCCAUUUCAGGGUCUGUACCCCUCUCUCCAAUUUCUAGAACAACCCACCACUCCCCCCUCUGUAACCCCCCCCCCCCCAUGGCUUUCUCAGUCAGGGAGAAGAUGGCAGUAGAUCCUGGGUUUGAGAUCUCCCUCCAGUGAUCCUAGCAUUUCAAGAGUUUGAGAAGAGCUUUGAACUCACAGGUGAUGGUUAUUAAGGCCAGGACUUCAACCAUGUGGAGAGGGAACUUGGAGCAUAAAUGGUGUUGUUUGCAUUAAAAAGAAAGAAAAAGAAUCUGGGCGCCGGUGACCCACACCUGUCAUCCCAACUACUCAGGA